AUGAAGAUAUUUUGGAUCACUAAUUGCAAUUUAUUGUAAAUUGGUUGGGAAGACCGAGGAGACGACGAGACUACGGAUAAUCGCGGCGACAACAACAACAAUGGCUUUCUCUCCUAAUCCUCUCUCUCUAAGCGUCCCCGAUCCUGCUUUCGAAUCUUGGCUUCGAGAUUCCGGUUACCUCGAGCUCCUCGAUCACCGCACCUCCGCCGCUGCAGCCGCCGCUUCCUCCUCCGCCUCCGUUUCAUCCUCAGCUGCCGCAACUUCUGCGGCGUCUGACGAUGUCGUUUCAUCCAUUACCGGUGGUUUCUUCGCUUCUCUCUUGUCUCGACUCGUCACUGUCUCAUCUCUUCUUACCAUUAACCCUUUCUCCAAGCUCUCCGCCGAUGAUUUUUCCGGAGACACGCCACCGUGGACGACCGGUUUCUUUGGCAAUUGUGACUCGUAUUCGUUCCCGUCGUCCUCUCAGCAAGCGAGAAUGAGAGUUCAUGAGAAUAUCAAACGAUUCGCUAGGAAUUACGCUACUUUAUUCAUCGUCUUCUUCGCUUGUGCAUUAUAUCAGAUGCCACUUGCAUUGGUAGGAUUGUUAGCAAGCUUAGCCCUUUGGGAGCUGUUCAAAUACUGCAGUGAUAGAUGGAAAUUUGAUCGUCACCCUUCCAUGAGGAAAUUCUCUAUCGGUAUUGGACAGUGCGUAACAGCGGUUCUUCUGACGUUUUUGAAUGUCCAAAUGGCUCUUUUCUCUGCUCUUGCGAUCAGUUAUUCAGUUAUGAUAUUGCAUGCUGGGUUCAGAAAGCUCACACCAUCCAAGAAACCAUCUCGAGGAAGAUAAACCGCAUCCACAAGAAUUUUGGAUUUUGAAUGAGAUUCAUCAGCAGUUUUGGAAAUCAAGAAAUGUAGUGUUUGGUAACUCAAACUCAGAGAGAGGCAGGCAGACAACGAUAGCAGCCUAGAUGGUAGAUUAAGAAAGUGUGAAUGUUAGA